CUUAUUAGUUCUCUCUAGUCUCGAGAUUCGCUUUUCUCCUGCUAACUUCUUUUUAUCAUCUUCUCUUUGUCGGUUUGAUUUGGAAAACUUUCUGCAACUAAAAAUAAAAAAAGAGAGAUUCCUAAAGUUUCAUCUCAAAGAUCCUUUCAAAAAGAAAAAACCAAUAAAAGAAUGGUUGAAACUGGACACCAUCAACAUCCACCGGCACCGGCUGCAGCCGGUUAUCCGCCGGUUCCAUCCAUGGCGGUUAACAGAGGACCAACUUGGGCUCCGGCUGAGCAACUUCAUCAUCUUCAAUAUUGCAUCCACUCUAAUCCUGCUUGGCAUGAGACGGUUGUACUGGCUUUCCAGCAAUACAUCGUUAUGCUCGGGACUACUGUCUUACUUGCCAACACACUUGUGCCACCAAUGGGUGGAGAUCCUGGUGAUAAAGCGCGGGUUAUUCAGACUAUAUUGUUUAUGUCUGGAAUAAACACGUUGCUACAAACGCUUAUAGGGACUAGGCUUCCAACGGUUAUGGGAGUUUCGUUCGCAUACGUUCUUCCUGUAUUGUCUAUCAUCAGAGAUUACAACAAUGGUCAAUUCGAUUCUGAGAAACUGAGAUUCCGGCAUACGAUGAGAACCGUACAAGGACUUGGAAUUGUUGUUGCUGUUGGAAUAUCUUUUAUACAGUUCACUGACACCAAUUCGAUGAGAAACAUGUAUGUCGUCGGUGUCUCUCUCUUCUUAAGUCUUUCGAUCGCCCAGUACUUUUUUUCCAACACGACAAGAGCAGGAUAUGGACCGGUUCGAACAGCCGGUGGAUGGUUCAACGAUAUACUUAACACAUUCUUUGCUUCGGCUCCAUUGGUGGCGAUCAUUCUGGCGACCAUACUAGAUAACACAUUGGAAGCUGACCAUGCUAUUAAUGAAAGAGGUAUCCCAUGGUGGAAGCCUUUCCAGCACAGGAAAGGCGACAGCAGGAACGAGGAGUUCUACAGUAUGCCCCUUAGAAUCAACGAGUACAUGCCGACACGGUUCCUCUAAAGGCUGCUCCGUGAAGGUUUCUUCUGUAUGUGGAAAUGUAAGAUAUGUGCAGAUCAUGUAGCUUCACAAGGUCAAAAUUUAAUCCAAGGAAUGCAAAUGAAACAUAAGGCUUUCGAUGGAGAAAGCUAUUUUGUUAACUGUCAUGUUACCCAAUUAUAUGCU